GUGAGAUGCAUAAUUCGUAAAUAAGGUGGAUAAAACUUCAAACUCUAUGAAAUAAACGAUGUUUAAUUAUUUAACCAAUUUAUUUCUACCUUCCGUGUUAGACAACUAUUAGUAUUCGUCAAAAAAUAUUACGAGGAAAUAUAUCCGAACACACACACACACAUAUGGCUUAUUCAAAUAUUCCUGGAAAAACUGCUGCAAAAACAUAUAUUUAUUUGUAUAAAUAACUGAAUAUAUAUUUCACCUUGUGGAAAUAAUUAUUUAUCGAUAUUACACCAAAGUUAUUUCAUGGGAUCCUUAAUAUAUUAACAUAGAGUUUCUUUUUAAAACAAACAAACUAAUAUGGCUGGUUCACGCAGAGGUUUGGUGGCUCCACAAAACAUCUUUCUUGAAACCGUUUUAAGGAGAUUCAGUACACCACAAACUGGACUACUUAUAGCCAACGCAAGAAUAGUUGAUCAUCCAAUAAUUUAUGUGAAUGAAAGUUUUACAAAAAUGACAAAUUAUACAAGUCGUGAAAUGAUGCAUCAAAAUGCUAUCUGUCGUCAACUCCACGGUAAACGAACAUCAAUUAAUUCCAUAGAACGAUUACAGAAUGCACUAGAUAAUGGAUAUUUCGAUCAAGUUGAAAUAACUUUAUACAAAAAAAAUCGUUCAAUGAUUUGGGUGAUUAUGUGUGUUGCACCAGUUGAAAAUGAUAAGCACGAAACACCACUUUAUUUGAUUUUAUUUUAUGAUAUUUCACCGCUUAGACAACCGCUGGAUGAUGAAGCACUCAGUGGAAGUUUUAGUAAAUUUGCAAAGCUGGCACGUUCAGUAGCACGCAACAGAACAGUUCUGUCACAAGUUGAACUAGAUGAUUCCCUGGUUGCUGUUGCUCCAGUCCAAAGUACCAGUAUACCGAAAUAUCGUCAAGAAUCGCCAAAAACUCCACCUCAUGUUGUCCUGCAUUAUUUAACUUUUAAAACUGCCUGGGAUUGGAUUAUAUUUCUGUUAACUGGAUAUACAUGUAUUAUAAUACCCUACAGUGUUGCAUUUGGUCAUCAUUCAUUAUCUGAAGAGUCAGUAUAUUUUGCUGUAGAGCAUAUAGUUGAUAUCAUUUUUUUCAUUGAUAUUGUAUUAAAUUUUCAUACAACAUUUGUUGGACCAUCUGGUGCUGUUAUUUCAGAUCCUGUUUUAAUACGCCUAAAUUAUUUGAAAGGUUGGUUUGUAGUCGAUCUGAUAUCUUCACUGCCAUUUGGAAUUCUCGCAAUAUUUAGUGAUAAUGCAUCAUUGUUGAAUUUGUGCAGUAUACUUAAACUGGCUCGGUUAUUAAGAUUAUGUCGUGUUUUGAGAAAGUUGGAUCAAUAUCUAGAAUACGUGGCAUCAAUCCUGUUAGUUAUGCUAUUCUGUUUCAUAUUGUUAGCUCACUGGCUAGCCUGUGUAUGGUAUUUAGUUGGAAUGCAUGAUUUAAAGGAUAAAAUUUAUCAUGGAUGGAUUAUACACUUGGUAAAUGAGACAACUGGUCCAAAAAAUUGGAGUAAUACUUCAUGGGAAGAUCAUUUGCCAUCACAGUCUAUGCUGUAUAUGACAUCAUUUUAUUUUACUCUUUCUGUGAUCACGAGUAUCGGAUUUGGGAAUGUAGCUGCUAACACAACUUCAGAAAAGAUUGUCUCUGUUGUUUUUAUGCUGAUUGGAGCACUUGUUUAUGCAACAAUAUUUGGUAAUGUUGCAACAAUUUUACAACAAACACAUGCAACUCGAGCUAGACUUAGACAGUUAAUGUCUAGUGUAAAAGAUUUUCUGAGAAUUCAUGAAGUGCCAAAGGAAUUAGCUGAACGUGUCAUUGAUUAUGUAACAUCAAGUUGGUCUAUUACCAAAGGUGUAGAUACACAAACAGUACUUAAUCACUGUCCAAAAGAUAUGAAAGCUGAUCUAUGUGUUCACCUGUAUCGGGCUGUAUUUAGUGAACAUCCAGCAUUUCGUUUAGCAAGUGAAAGUUGUCUACGUGCUUUAGCUGUCUCGUUUACUGUGCAGCACACAGCUCCGGGAGAUUUAAUUUUCCAUCAAGGUGAAAGUAUUGAUCAAUUGUGUUUUGUAGUAUCCGGUUCUUUAGAGGUGAUACAAGAUGAUGAAAUUGUAGCUAUUCUAUCUAAAGGUGAUAUAUUCGGUCAACCAAUAUUUAAAGAUACAGAUGUUGGCCAAAGUGCUGCCAGUGUACGCGCCUUAACCUAUUGUGAUUUACAGUGUAUUAAACGUGACAAACUUAUAGAUAUAUUGAAAUUUUAUUCACAAUUCGCUGUUUCAUUCUCUCGUACACUUGUAUUGAGUUAUAAUUUAAGAAAUCGUUUAAUAUUUCGAAAGAUAUCUGAUGUUCGACGAGAACAAGAAUUAGAUGAAAUGCGACGUACACAACCUCCAAUAUCAAGUUUAGCACCAGAUCAUCCAGUCCGACGAUUAAUAUCCCGGUUCUGUAGUGUGGCUACAUCGAAUUUAAGUCGAUCAAGUUCAUUCAGUUCAAAUGAACCAAGAGAAAGUGGGAAAACUAGUGCAAACACUUCGUUAAGUGUUACUGGUCCAAUGCAAGAUGCAGUAACUUCACUGGCUACUUUAAUAAGUGUAGCUAAACCAAAAUUAAGCUGGAGUAAACUUCUUGAUGUGCCCAAAACACCAGCAGCCACAACAACAGCAACAAAUGCAACUACUUGUAGUACUACUACUAAUACUAACACUAAUACUCUUACUACCACUAAUACCACUAAUGCUAACAAUACCACUACUAUGAACGCAGUCAGAAUAACAACCUCUAGACGAUCAUUUACACAAGAGAAAGAAGCAUUAGAAGAUAAAGGAGUCACCUUAUCAAAAGAAUUACUACGCAAACCAAACUGUACUAAUUUAAUUUCUUAUUCCCCAGCUGAAAUUGAUAUUGAAAGUGUACAAGAAAAUUUUCAUAAAUUAGUUAUGUCACAUAUUGAAUCGUUAAGAAGUAAUUUUUUAACUAAUAUACAAAUUUUAUCAACACGUAUAGAUAUAAUUGAUCAGAGGAUAACUCAAAUAAUGCAUUUUGUAAAUAAUAAUAAUAAUAGUAGUAGUAACAAUAAUAGAUGGAAUAAUCAUAUACUGUAUAAUACAUAUGAUAACUAAUUGUAUUCACAAAUUAUACUACUGAAAAUGAAAAUAGUAGUAGUAGUAGAAGCAGUGAUAAUAGCAGAUAGGAGUAACAGCAAACAACCAAAGAAGAAUUUUUAAAAAAAACAACAGAAGAUUAUCUUGAAGCUCUUUAUUUGAAUUUAUUUUAAUAGAUCAACUCUAAAAAAUGUCUUGAAAAUUGAAUUUUUUCUAAAUAUAAA